AUGCGCGUGUCAUCGCUUCUGACCGCUGCGUUGGCGUCUCUGGUGCUGGCGCAGCCUCAUGUUGCACCUCGCGAGGGAGGCUCCGAGGAGCAGCAAGUCGCCAAACUCAUCGAGGAGAUCAAGGCUGAUGUUCUGCAAUCUCUCCAUCAGCGCGAAGAGACGAUGCGCAAGCGGGGCGAGCAAGCCUCUUGCAAUGCAAGGAACAUCGUCUUCCGCCGCGAGUAUGGCUCCCUCUCUAAGCAGGAACGGCUAAAUUACAUCGAAGCCGUCAAGUGCUUGCAGAAGCUUCCGACCCGGACUCCCCAGAGUGUCGCCGCUGGUGCCAAGUCUCGUUUCGACGACUUUGUCGUGGUCCACAUCCAGCAGACCUUGGACAUUCACUUCUCCGGCGUCUUCCAGCCCUGGCACCGUUGGUUCCUCCACAGAUACGAAAAGGCGCUGCGGGAGGAGUGCGGAUACGAGGGUUAUCAGCCCUAUUGGGACUGGGCCAAGUACCAUACCGCGCCUGAAAAAUCGCCCAUCUUUAACGGUGACGCGUACAGCCUGGGUGGCAACGGCGACUUCAUUCCUCAUCAAGGUCCAGUCAUUGUCCCUCCUGCUGGAGUGGGCGGCGGCAACAUCCAGCUUCCCGCGGGAGUUGGUGGCGGCUUCGUGACCGCCGGCCCUUUUGCCAACAUGACCAUCAAUCUCGGCCCCGUUGGUGGUCUUGAGGGCACCGCGCCCGGCCCAGAUGGAGGCCUGGGGUAUAACCCUCGUCGCUUGAAGCGUGAUGUUGGUCCUGCCAUGAACACACGAUAUGCCAACUACACUACCGUUCUCAGUAAGAUGGCCGGCAGCUGGGCAUUUGGGACUGAAGCUAACACCUCUUCUGUAGAUCUCCUAUUCAAGCCGGACAUUGCCUCGUAUCGACUGCUCUCGGAAGGUGUCCCCUACACAAUUGAGAUUGGCCCUCACGGCGGCAUCCACUACACCAUCAGUGGUGAUCCCGGCGGUGAUCUCUUUACCUCCCCUGGAGAUCCCGCCUUUUGGGUCCACCACGGUAUGAUGGACCGCAUGUGGACUUUCUGGCAAGCACUCGACCCUAAGAAGCGACACUCAGAGCUUAGUGGCGGCAACUACGGCCACAUCACCUGGGCCAACAGCCCGCCCUCCCGCAAGGCCCUCCUAUCUGAUCCUAUUAACAUGGGAUACGCUGCCGAGUCUACUACUAUUGGUGAAGUCAUGGAUACCCUUGGCGGACCACUUUGCUACUUUUACAUUUAA